CCACACCACUAGGUGGCGGUAAACUGUUUCCGCCAUCAAGAAGAAGCAACAGUUUGAACGAAGAUCUGUAACCACGAGGCUGGCGGCGUGGAUUGAAUCCAAACCGGUUCUGGUUUGGAUCGCAGCCCGAUGAGUUUCAGACUGUCUGACUCCGGUUCCGGUCCAGUUCAGGUCUGGCGGGGAGGCUUCCACACGAUUUCCUCUGACUUUUCUCUGCUGGUUCCGGGGGCAGUGACUGAAGUGCCGCAGGAUGCUAACUGCUAGCUAAGGCCAGCUUCAUCAACUGGACCGGGCCGAUGUGUCGGAACCACCCGGUCCUGGGUUCUUCUCCAGGUGAGUCUGCGCCUGCAGGCAGGAUGUGGGAGGGGCCGGGUCAGCGGCGGGCACAGCGCCCCCUGCUGGCUGGAGGCUUCCUGGGCUCAGNCAGCCUGAUUUCCAUCUGGGGCUCCGGCGCCCCCUGCUGGCUGGAGGCUUCCUGGGCUCAGCAGCCUGAUUUCCAUCUGGGGUCCAGCGCCCCCUGCUGGCUGGAGGCUUCCUGGGCUCAGACAGCCUGAUUUCCAUCUGGAGCUCCGGCGCCCCCUGCUGGCUGGAGGCUUCCUGUGAUAAACGGCAGCAGAUGGAAGAACUGAUUCUGUCCCUAAAAUAGCAACAAUAAACUGAAGCAAAUCAUGUGACCCUGGGAGCCAAUAGGAGGCCAGCUUUGAGGGCUCAGCUGAUGACUCUCUCCCCCCAGAUUGGCUCCUCUUCCAGAAUCGGACCGAACCGGGUCAGCAGUUCUGCUCUACUCUGAUGAUUCUGGAGCUGCUGGUCUGGUCUCCUGAAACCCAAAAGGUUUCCUUCCCCUGUAAGAGUUGAAGCUCGGUUCUGUUAGAACCCUGGUCCUGGAAACGUGUUCUGAUUGGUUCUGUGACGUCACAUUUUCUGAAUAAACAUCAUUUAUGAAAUCUCCCAGUCUGUCUUAACGUCAUUUCUGUGGGAUCCAGUUCUGCCUCCACGGAGGAACUUGAGACUUGGAGACCGUUAGAACUGUUGAAUCAGCAACAAGCUGGGGAGGGGGGCGACUCCAGCUGCUGGGCUGCUGCCUUCUGUCCAGAGAAGAAGAAGCUGCUCAGUUUCUGCCAGGUUGACCAGCAAAGCCUAUGGCGCCCCCUGUGGUUUUAAAUGGACCCAGUUCUGACUCGUUUGUACCUUUCAGAACCACAGCUGGUUCUGAGCUCAACAGAACCUGGAGACCCGGGGAUACCGGAAGGGAGCUCUCUGAUUCUGUUGGGUCAGAACCGGUUCUGUUCAGUCUGAGAGCAGCCGAACCCUAAAUCGGCUGAAAGCUGACCGGAGUCUGGUGGAGGGGGGCGUGUGACCUUUGUCCCGGAACUGCUCCAGUAUCGGCUCCGGACUCGGUUCUUUUUCAUCGUUAGAACACAGACCCAGAGGGAUGCAGACCGACCCGGUUUCACAGGAUGCGGCUGCUGGACUUUGCAGCGUCCAGAUCAAAUCAGAACCAGGCGAUGACGUGGAGAUCCGGUGCUUCCCUCUCCUGAAGAAGCUGAGCGUCAAGCUGACUGACUGCAGGGCGUGGCUGGAGGGGCGGGACUUCCUGUCUCUGGAUGACCACCCUGAGCUGCGGCCGUGGCGCGCCACCAACAGCGGCAGGAGGAUGACGUACUGCCCCAUGUGCCAGCGGGGCUUCUACAAGCCGGCCCACCUGGAGGCCCACCUGUGGACCCACCGGGGCCAGAACCCCAACCAGUGCUGGGAGUGUGGGAAGACCUACCCGACCCUGAUGAGCCUGGUGCUGCACCAGCAGGUCCACGGCCGCAGCGAGCCCUACCGCUGCUCCUACUGCGACCGCACCUUCGCCCUGAAGCGGGACUGGAAGACUCACCACCGGACCCACUCCGGGACCAAGCCCUUCAAGUGCUGGUUCUGUGGGGACGGCUUUGGCCAGCAGAACCAGCUGGACGAGCACCUGGAGGCCCACCAGGGGGAGCGGUCCUACCACUGCGACGUCUGUGACAAGAUGUUCGUCUCGUACCAGGGCUUCAACUUCCACCGCCGAGCGCACAAGACCUCCAAGCGCCUGCCGUGCCUCAAGUGCUCCAAGACUUUCAGCAACCCUCAGAGCCUGAAAGUCCACCAGGCCACCCACUCCAGCAGGAAGCCGCACACCUGCCCCACCUGCGGGAAAGGCUUCAAGCUGCUGGGUGGCCUGCGCAGCCACCAGCGCGUCCACCAGGACCUGAGGGAGUACCGCUGCUCCGAAUGCAGCAAGUGCUUCUCCAGCCUGCAGGGCCUGAAGCUGCAUGACCGCACGCACACGGGCCUCAAGCCCUACGGCUGUGCCGAGUGCGGCAAGAGGUUCACACAGGCGCCGCACCUCAAGGCCCACAUGGUCACCCACACCGGCGAGCGGCCCUUCCUCUGCACCACCUGCGGCAAGAGGUUCACCCAGUCGUCCCACCUCAACUCUCACAUCAAGCUGUUCCACCUGGGCGAGAAGCCGUUCAGCUGCGCCGACUGCGGCAAGCGCUUCACCAUCGCUCACUACCUGAAGAUGCACCGGCUCAGCCACACCAAGGAGAAGCUCUACCAGUGCUCCUACUGCGACAAGGCCUUCUCCUACCACAACUCCUGGAGGGCCCACGAGAGGAUCCACACCGGCGAGCGCCCCUUCGGCUGCCGCGACUGCGGCCGGACCUUCAUCACAUCCGGCUCACUGCUGACCCACCAGCGCGCCGCGCACACCGGCGAGAAGAACCACUACUGCAUAACCUGCGGCGAGUUCUUCUUCACCAGCUCCCUGCUGCGCGUGCACCAGCUGGACCACACCGGCGAGCGCCCGCAUGUCUGCAGCUGCGGCAAGACCUUUAAGACCAAAGGAGUCCUGAGGUUCCACCUGAAGAGGUUCACGGACCACCGGCCGGCCCAGUGAGCUGGUUCUGCUGAGCAGAACGCCAGGAAGGUCAGCACACUGUAGCAGUCCUCAGCUGGACACACUGGACCAACCCGGGUCCAACUGGACCAACUUGACUGAACCAGGCAGAAUUAAGAGUCGGAGUGAUUCCUCUUCAGCUCGGACAUGGUCUUUAUUCCUGGUUCUGCAGAUGUAAAAGAACCGGGUCAGAACCAGGAAUCCGGCCGUUGGGCCAGUAUCUGCUGCUAACAUGGUCUCUGAUUAAAAAAUCUUGAAUGUUUGGACCCGGUUCUGUUCUGGGUCCAUUACGUCUCCCUGGUUCCGUCUUCCAGAGAGACGCUCCCACCGACAGCUGGAAGGUCAGAGGUCACAGGUCUGAUCAGCUGAGCCUGAUGUGGUUUAUUUUGGACCUCUGGUUCAGACCAUGUUUGGUUCCGGACCUGCAGGUUGAACCCGCUCCAGGCCUGACCUUCACUGCUGACUUGGACAGAACCGGGUCAGUCAAAGUUGCUUCUUCAUGCUGAAAGCAUUCAGAACCAGGAUGGGUUUUGCCUGGUUCUGACCCGGUUAAUGAUUCUACUCGGUUCAGAAUCAAAAUAAACCUGCUCUAACCUCCUG